GAUAUAAUUCACUUGAAUUAAUGGAACGAUAAGGACGAAUCAAGACUCUGAAAGUACUUCACCGCAUGAAGAUAAAUAUUGUGAUCGAGAAUAGAGAAAACAAAAGGUGAUAACGGUGAACUCAAUUUCGAAAUAAAAUGCUAUUUUGCAGGGCCAAACGUCGGUCCAGCAGUGUCAAAUUGGAAACAUUGAGUAUGGACAGCAGAAGAUCUGGAGUGAUUUCUAAAUCAGUAGAUAUCAAUGUGGAUGAUGUGAAUAUAGAAGAUAUAAAGACAUAUCCAAAAUCCAAGGGGGAGGAAGAUCUCAUCCGCAAGGCUAUCGAGGAAAAUGAAUUUUUGUCGAGUAUCCUUUCCGAAAAGAGGUUACAGAAAAUCGUUGAAUGUAUGAAGGUUGAGAAAGUAUCAGAAGGACAGAUGAUCAUAAAGGAAGGCGUUGUUGGUUCAGAUUUGUAUAUUUCUGUUUCGGGGAGUUACCAAGUUAUAGUCGGAGAUAAUGUCGUCAAUACCUUCCAUGAUGUUAGAGUUUUUGGCGAACUUGCAAUACUGUACUCUGCUAAAAGAUAUGCAUCGGUCAAAUCAUUGGAGAAUGGAUCUGUCUGGGUAUUGGAUUGCCCUACGUUCAAAAGACUUAUGAUCAAAACUGCCAUAGAGGAGCAUGAAGAGAUGGCGAGUUUUUUGAGAAAUGUUCCACAACUCAACACCGCCGUACCAGAAAAAUUGUACCAAGUGGCUAACUUGCUGCAGAGUGAGUUUUUUCCGUCUGGAACUGACAUUGUUAGGCAGGGUGAAAUAGGGGACAAAUUUUAUAUUAUAAGAGCCGGAUCUGUGACAAUCGAGAAAGACCAAGAAACGGUUGCUCAUCUAUCGAAAGGAAACUAUUUCGGUGAACUAGCUCUCCUGAAAGAGGAAUUUCGUCAAGCUACUGUUAUAGCAGAUAUGCCUGGGACGGAAUGUUUAACGCUAACGAGAAAACAGUUCAUCGACCAUUUUGGCGACAUAGAUGAGUUCAUCAGACUCAAAAUGCACCCCGUUACCGAAAUAGAAAAAGCCGAAUUCACUAGUUUCCAACUGGAUGAUCUGCAAGAGAUUCAAACUUUGGGACUAGGAGCUUACGGUAGAGUUAAACUCGUUCAACACAAGCGGUACAAAAAUUUGGUGUUUGCUUUGAAGAGUUCAAGAAAGGUUGAUAUUUCACUGCUUUCUAAUAGAAGCGGUGCCGAAACUGAAGAAUUGAUAUGA